AAAAAACAAAACAAAAACAACAAGAAAUAAAAUAAUGACGGGCCCUCUUACGGCAUCGGGUCCACAACCCGAGACUAGUCUAGUAUUGUCUGAUGAUUCACUUGGACGAAAGUGCUAAAAUUUUCCUCCUAAAUACGUGUUAUUGUUUAAAAUUUUUGCGGCCAAUCCCAUCAAAGUUUAUACAACAAAAAUAAUAAACAAUUAACUAAUAUCUUCGACGAACUGUCACCCAAAGUGAACUUUUAUUGUUGUGUUAUUAUAUCGGUUUGCAUUUUGAGUGCCGUGCCGGUUGAAUGAGUCUCAAUCUCAAGUCUAGUUGUAGUUGUCAAUUUUGACAAUCUACUUACCGUAACUUGUCUUGUGUUGUCCCGGCUGCCUGUCAAACAAAAAAGGGCCAACAUUAAUUAUUGAAUAUUCAAUUCCAUUUGCAGAAAAAAGACAAACCCUAUAUUUCUGUGUCUUCUUGUUGUCUGGAUCUGGAGUGAGAAGAAAAGAAAAGAAGAAUUUUUUCGAAGGUGCUGUCAUUUUAAACGUGAAAAGACAGUGAAGACUUUGCGUCUGUCAAAAAAGGAAAAGUAAAACAUAAUCGUCAUCAAAAAAAAACCGAAACAAAACAAAAUAUACAAAAAAUAAUUCCUUAUCUUUUCUGUUUUGUUAUGUUAAGUCGUUUAUUUGUAAUUUAAGACGAGGUGAGGUGUGUGUUUUGUGUUUUCAUCUCCAAGUCCAAAAUUUUGUUGUGAAAAAAAGAGAAGGGCAAUGUAAUCGUCAAUCGAAGAAAGAAAAGGAGGUUUACCGGUUAACUAAAGUGCGUGGUGUUAAGUGUUUGUUUUUAUUCCUAAGUUAAAGUUAGUGGUUUCGGUCUUCAGUAUUUCGGUGUAGUCAAAGAGUUAAGUGAAGUCUGCCUUCUGCAGCAUCCACGGAGACAAUAAUGCAAGUUGGCAGUACUAAGUUAUUCAUAAGGUGUCCCUAGAUAUUUGCAGAAUAGUCAAAACAAUUUUAUGAACACAAAAAGGAACUCUCAUGUAAAGAUACAAAAACGCAUUUGUAGUGAAUGAUAGAUAGCAGCAAUAUACAUAUAGCAGCAAAAGGCGCACUAAUAUCAAUAAUAAUCGUCAUCAUCAACAUCGUUGUGCCGUCGUUGUUGUUGUUGUUGAUUGUGUGUAACCGUCGACGACGACGUCGUCAUCAUCAUCAUCAUUAUCAUCAUCAAACAUAAUUAUCGGAAACAUAGCGACAUCGACCGCAGGCAUAAGAGUAGAUAAAUAAAAACAAAAAUAAAAACAGAUACUCAAAGAUAUACUUACUGACUAAACUCAAGCACACUGCACAUCCAAUCCAUGAGAGUUUUAUUAACUCACAAAUCUGGUUUAGUUGCUGUUUUGUGUCGCCUGCCCCUCGACCUCGAUCAUCCCCCCAAAGCACUCUCUUGUUCUUCUUCCUUCUUGAGUAUAGAACGAAGAGUAUAGGGCAACAAAUGAGAAUACAAAUAAAAAGAUACAAAAACAAUAAAUACAAUCACAGCUCACCAGACCCAGCAACAUCCUUCGGAUGCAUACAACAAGCAUAAGCAUCAGCAUCAGUAGAUAUACAGCCUCUUCUCGCAACAACAAAAAAUAAGUAUAACUUGAAGUACUGCCACCUACCUCUCAACUUUCAAGGAGAAAUCUCAGAACAUCUACCUACCCUAUAAAAAGAUACAACUCCUCGCUGCUUGCUCUCUCUCUUCUUCUUUAUAGAUACAUUCGUACCAACCUGGUGCAACCUGUUGGAUCAGCACGAAAUACUAAGAAAAACACACGAAAAGGUUGAAAUAACAACAACAACAAAAUACAAAAAUAUCGCCGGUGUGCCACGAAAGAGCUGCACAAAACAAAUUGCCCACAAAAGAUAUAAAAAUACUAAAAAAAAAAAUAUAUAAUUUCAAAUAACGACGGCGACGACAAAAAACCGUCAAUCUCCAAAGAAAAAUUAAAAACACUUGUCCUCAAUUGGAAAAUUAAAAUACAAAAAAAUAACGGAACUUUACACAGGAAAAAAGGCCAACAUUGCGCGACACAAAAUUUACUUAACUUAGAAUAUCUUCGAGACAUAAAAUUCAAAUUCAAAGAAGAAUAACAAAAAAAAAAGGUCACAAUAAUAAAAUUACAAUAAACGCGAGUUUACAAAUCGCAUGACAGACUCAUAUUCAUCGUCAGAUCUAGAAUCGUCUGAUUUUUUGCCUUAUAAUAAAAACGUCAAACUGGCGGCUACCGUAGCAAUGAACACCCCUUACCAUCCGUAUUCGGAUAUAACGCCACCACAUCAUCCGCCAAGUCCGGAUAAUAACAAUUAUCCGCCAAUGCCUGGCGGAUAUCACAAUGGGCAUAGUGGCGGUGGUGGCGGCGGCGGAGGUGGCGGUGGUGGAGGAGGCGGUGGCGGAGGUGGCGGUAGGGGUGGAGGACACACACCGCAUCUGACGCCAAUGGAAGACGUUUCGCCAGACUUUCACCACCACCAUCAUCAUCAUCAGCACCAUCACCAGCAGAUCACCAACAAUAAUAAUCCGAUAAAACAGUGUGCCGGUUGUGGGGAAAAAAUAGCCGAUAGAUUCCUGCUACACGCCUUAGACCGAUAUUGGCACAAUUCGUGUUUAAAAUGUCAUUGUUGUGGUGAGAAUUUAGCGGAUAUGGGUUCAAGUUGUUACACACGAGGGGGUCUGAUAUUAUGCAAAAAGGAUUACACAAGUAUGUUCGGAUGUUCGGGUACAUGCUCGGGAUGCGGACAAACGAUACCACCCAAUGAAUUGGUAGCUAAAGCGAUGACACCAAUCAAUCAACAAACAACGAACUUAGAUAACCAAAAAAAUAGUCCAAACAAUCUAUUUGUGUUUCAUUUAAAAUGUUUCUCAUGUACGAAAUGUGGUGCACAUCUGAGACCUGGAGAUAGAUAUACAAUGUUGGCGGGUAGCUUAGUAUGUGAGCAGGACUGGCAUAAAAUAAUAAAAAACACAACAACGACAAAUGGUACAACACCAGCUGUUCGAAAGGGUAAAGUCGGUAGGCCUAGACGUACCAAAGAGUAAAAUCAAGUUAAAUAAAAACAAAACAAAAAUAAAAAUCAUCCUCCUGCAACAAGAAAAAAUUUAAAAAUAUUAAAAUAGCAAACAAAAAAAAACAUACUAUUCAAAUCACACACAAAAACACACACACACGAUAAAAACAGAAGACAUUAAAAACUACAAGAAUUUUUAUAAUUUAAUUUUAAUUAAUAAUUUUUGUUUAAAACUAAACUUACCCCCCUCCCAUAGAUCAGGUGCGGAAUCUGUGAUCUGCUAACAUCGAAAAUUAUAAGAAAGUAAAAAACAAAACUAAAAUUUAAAUAAACAAAACAAACAAAUGUUAUUCUAAAGUCCUGAUCUAAACCUAAAUAGUAUAUCUCUAGUCGUUUUGUACAUAAAUACAAAAAAAAAACAAAAACAUUUUUAAAAAACGUAUGAAAAGGUGUUGUGAAUAAUAAUAAAAAAAAUACAAACUUUAAAAAACGCUCUCUAGGUUUAAAAAUUGAGAAACUAAAUGACACCCCAAAAAAAGGCAUUCAUUUUAAGUCACAAAUUCAAAUUUAAUAAACAAAUGAAAAACAAAACAAAAAACAUACAUUUAUAUACAUAAAAUAUUGUGUACCCUAGUGUACACUAUGUUUACACUUUUAUUACUCACACUUCCCGUCCUUUGAUUUUUAUCAACAAAUCAUUAAUUAAAGCCUGUGGAACAAUCGGAAAAUAAAAACAAAUAUUUAAAAAAAUAAAAUUCUCAAUAAAUAAAAAGAAAAAAUUAAAAUUAUUACCUAACAACUAUUAAAAAUAGUAAACAACACACACACACAGACACGACACAAAAGAGAAGAAAACAUAAAGAAACAAAAAAAAUUAAAUUAUAAAUUUCUAUAGUAAUUGUAUUUAAAUUAUAAGAACAUUUAAAUUAUUGCAAAAACAAAAAACAACAAAAUAUAAAACUUAAAAAAAAAAACAACAACAACCAAUCAAUACCUUAAAAAUGAGAAAACGUGGAACAAAUAAUUCUUUGUACCUAUUUGAAUUAAAUAAUUACCUAUUAAUUAUACCUUAAUUAAGAAUUAUGUGUUAAAUUUUGUACUCAUAUUAUUUUUUCAAUUUGUAAUAUUAUACUUUUAUUUUGUGUUAAGUUAAGUUGUAUUAUUUUGUUUUUAUUUAUAUAAUUUUUGUACACUUAUAUCCUUUUUUUAUUUGUCUGUAUGUAAUUUUUUUCUAAAUUAUUUUGUUAAUUAAAUUGAGACGAAGGAAGAUAUCUUAACUGACAAAUUUGACAACUUGAUCUUAGAACCAGAAUAAAACGAAUUUAAGAUCUAAGUAAAAUAACUCGAAUAAGAUUAAGCUAAGCACAGGCGAUUUAAGGAUCUUUCAUUUACAAAAUGGUCUGCAUUUCAGGACUGUCAUUCCAGAAGUCUGGGGUUCGAUCCAUGCCUGUGCCAUUUAAAGUUUUUUUUCACGGAUACUUCCUCUUGCAAAGAAUUAACAAAUCCUCCAAGAGUUAUUUUUGUCAUGAAAAGUGGUUUUUUGGAUAAGCGGUUCGGAUUGGUCUUAAAACUGUAGGUACCCUCCAUCCCUUGAGAGUUGUAAUUCACUAGACCCUUGUUCUCAACGAACUGUUGCACCAACUAAUUUAUAUAUUUUAUUUUAUAUCAAAAACGUCGUUCUUAUUGAUUCUCAGACAGUUUUUGAAAUUGUCGAAUGUCAUUGUUUAAUGUAAUUUACAGUUCUUUAACUAUCCUUAAAAUCUCUCUCUAUUGAGAAUCUGUACACCCUGUGUAAAAUUGUAAGAUAUUUAGUUUAUGUCAACUCAUUGUUAGCUAUUAUCAAAGUACUGACUUAUUUGAGAGUCUUCUGUACAUAGUUCUAUACCAAAAAUAACAAUGAACGAUCAUUGUUUUGACGAAAGGCUCUGUGUCUUAUACUCUUUGAUAAAAAAUAAAUACUUUUCCAUUACAAGGUUUCAUUAUAACAUUAAAAAAGUUGCAUUUUUAGAGAUAUAGAACUUUUAAAUGGAAUAAAACAGAGAUGACUUUUUUAAAUUUUGAAGAAAUUUACUUUAUUCGAAAGGUCUUCUUUUGGCUUUAUAAUUUAAAUACGAUGGCGAAUGUUAUAUCUUAAGUGAAAUAUUAUGAUGUUUAUUUCGUAACCUAAAAGUUUCAAUGACCAAUGAACAUAUUUCAGCUGUAUGUCCUCAAUAGCUUCUAGAGUUCAAUCUUUAAGAUCUUGAUUCUGGAUGAUUGACAUAUACAUAUAGAAGUGAAAAGGUCAUACAAAACAAGAUCUCGGUGAACAAUUGUGGUCACGUUUUCGAUAAAUCACAAGGUUAGAAAACUUUUUCUGAAAAAUUGUAAUUGUUUUGUUGAAAAUAAACAUCGUCGCCACAUCAAUUUAUUCUAAUUCCUGACAAAAAAUUCCAGCCACAAAAAAUCAUACUUCCUUACUUCAUUCACAGUAAAAGUUGAACCAAACCAGGGUUAUUUUCGAAAAAGUAAGGUCCAAACACACCGCCAUCGCUAACGCCAAAAACUGACACAUUGUAGAUAGAAAGGGCAUUUUAGAAGCCCCAAAUUUGAAAACUCUUGAUAACGUAAAAUUUGCCCAUUUUCUAAAAACGAUACCCACAAGUGCUUUUGCAUCCUGUGACUGAAAAAUAUUCAUCAUUUUGUAGUAAAUUUUAACAAUUUCAAUACGAGCUUGAAUCGUGAAUAGUUAAAUUUUUAGUAAUGGCGUAGUUUUAUCUUGUCAAAUGUCAAAAGAUGACAGCUUCAAAAGUACAGCUCAGGCAUAUGAAGAGCUAUUCAAAAUUAAAACUUUUAUUGGAAAACACUUUUUUCACAGAAUAAUACUUAGUACUAGUAAGUUUUCAACCACGCGAGGGGCUCUUAACCUUUUACUUGUUUAAAUAACAAAUGUAGUGCCUCUUAAUUCUGCCGAACAACAUUAUUCUGGCAUAAUAAUUCUUUUCUUAUGAAAGCGGUAUUCAUUGUAAAGAAUUCCUAAUAAGCUUUUCAGAACCGAUCCAUAUCAUUCAAAUCAAUUAGAUUAUUCAGAACUCUUAAAGGGAUGCAUUACAAUAUGUACUUAGAAAAACAAGAAUAUUAAACGGAAUUUAAAAUGCAUUCAUUCACUGUUGCCUGAUAAGAAAUUCUUAAGAAAAAAGCUUCUAUUUAUAGGUUUGGUUUCAACUUCGAAAGUUGCCAAGAAAGUAUCAUUCGUUUAUUAAGAACUUUAAAUGGUAGGAGGUCGUGAUAACAUUUAAAAUGGUUUUAUCUAAAGUUUAUAACUUUUUAACCCAAAUCAUAUAAUUAAAAUGAAACAAUUUUUAACAUUUGGUCCCUAAUUGUGAUUUCUCUUUUGUAAAUCUGAUUCUACAAUCCUAAAACUUACCAAAUAAGUAGUUUUCACUCAGUUUAAUCUUGCCUUAACGUUAAAAUAAAACUAACAGCAUGUUAAACUAACACACAAUAAAUGUUUGCAAAUGUAAGAGCCUAUGUCAAAUUUGACUUUGUUUAGCCCGAUUUUAAAGGAAUAGUUCGCGUUCACAGCUAAAUUGGCUCAAGAUUGAAAACUUAACAUCCAGCUUUAACAAUUUUUUGAAUUUUUAAAAAUUUCACAUUUAAAAACCUAUUGGUAGUUCCUAGAUUCAAAAAACCGCUUGUGAAUGUCUAAAAUGUUCAGCUACCUUGAGAUAAAUUUCCUGGGUUC